CUACAGGCCUCUUCCUGUCUGUGUACGAACCUCAGGCUGCACGCACACAUGCGGUUCCUGUGUGUUUCCUGCUUACUUUCCUUUAUAAAAGCUUCAGUCAUGAGACGUAGAGGCAGAGAGGAACACUCGGACACUCAACAGAGCAUCACUAUGGGCUUCUCUCUGAACCUGUCUGUUCUGGUGCUGAUGCUUGUGUUCUGCAAUCAAGUUCAGGCAGCUGGCAUCUUCGGAGGCAACGAAUCAGUGCCCCACAGUAGACCCUACAUGGUGCUCCUAAAGGUCACAAGUAACCAGAAGACCAUACACUGUGGCGGCUUCCUUUUGAGGGAAGACUUUGUGGUGUCUGCAGCCCACUGCGAUGGAGACUGUAUUACAGCCCAACUGGGGGUUCACGAUGUUCAUAAUGGAUCUGAACAACACAUGAAAGUAAAAGCGGUUUAUAAACAUCCAAACUUCACCUCAGACUUUCUUAAUGACAUCAUGCUGUUGAAGCUGGAAAAAAAGGCAGUGUUCACCAACCACGUCCAGCCCUUAGCUCUGCCCAUGGAGAAUGACCAGCGAUCAGACCACUGCCUUGUGUGUGGGUGGGGACGCGCAAAUAUACACAAACGAUAUGGCUCCAAAGUGCUAAGAGAGGUCAAUGUGACAGUCAUUUCCAAUGAUACAUGCAAGGAAAAACAUGUUCUCUGCACACUGGGAAACAACAGACCUGCCGAGGGAGAUUCCGGAGGACCGCUGGUCUGUGGUGCCCUGGCCUUUGGGGUAGUGUCAUACAUGGAGGACAAAAAAAACGGAUUCAUUGCUUACACACACAUCCCAGACUACCUCCCUUGGAUUUGCGAGAUAGUGACCCAUCACUGAUAACCACACAAAAACAUGCGUCUCUAGUCAGACGAGACCAGAGGGGCUUGAGUUCCAAACAAGACGAGAGAUUGAGCCUCUUGAAUGUAUCAGUACAGUGGCUUAUGGUUAGAUAGAUGCAUAUUUCUACAUUUAGAUUAUCUAAAGCUUUCUGAGUUUGUUUUUGUGCCAUGCAGUUGACAGUCAGCAUUUUUUAUGGGAGAUUUAGUUAUCAAAAUAAGCAUAGUCUGUCGUAUUUUAGUUGUAGUUUUACAUUAUACAGUCGCAUCAUUCACCCAGUAAUUGUAUAGGUGAUCCACACCAAACAUUCUGUUAGCUGUGUUACAAAAACGUUAGUCUACACUGCCACCCCAUGGUAAACAUGCAAAAUAUUUUCUUUCUCUUGCCUAUUUCAUCAAGCGUUAUUAUUGAAGAUGCUUGAAGCUCUCUAGUGUUGCAGCCGUUUCUUGCAGACUUGCAAAAAUAUAUCCAUUCCAACCUUGAUAAAUUAUUAAAUCUUCAGGAAUAUGAUCUUAGCAAAUGCUCAUAAUGUAACAGUGAGUUACAGGUGGUGUACAUGUACCUGCAGCACAACUGUUCAAAUAAAUGGUCUGGUCAAUUAAGCCUCCUCCUGUUUUUAAUUUUGCAUCCAUGUGACUCCACAACAGAGGUCUUCAACCCUGGUCCUCAGGGACUCCCUGUCCUGCACAUUUUAGAUGUUUCCCUGCUCCAACACACCUGAUUCAAAUGAAUGGGUUAUCAUCUAGUUGGGCAGAAGCCUGCUAACGACCAUUCAUUGGAAUCAGGUGUUUUGGAGCAGGGAAACAUCUAAAACGUGCAGGACUGGGGGUCCCUGAAGACCAGGGUUGAAGACCUAAUCUCCACAAGGAAGACAAUUACCUCAAUUCUGAACCCACUGCAGGACAGGAGACAUUGUACUUUCUGAUAUCAUGCAUCCAAACCUAGGUAACAAACAAACUGUGUUCUUACUAAAAAGGUAACAUUGGUUCCAAAUAAAGAUUAAACUGGGCACUUAAAAUACCCUGCUACUCAGACAGGCAUGUAAACAUUGAUAACAAAAGAUAGCAGAUAUCUGGAAAGGCUUUUUUUAUUUAGGAAAAAUACAACCAUGAAGAUACAGAAUGCUUAAAAAAAAUCAAAUACAAAACCAAUCUGAUGUUAUGGCGAGAACAGUAUUGUGAAAUAACUAUUUUACUCCAAGGCGUGUUUGUUGAAAUUAGCUCUUGAUAAGACGUUUGCAUCUUAUAGAACUGGCCAGUUUCACAUUUUUUGAGCGUAGUAUUUGGAACUGUUAAGUGAGAUAUGGACUUCAAAUCUCAUUUCGAUCUUUUUAUGUGCGGCAGAUAAAGCAAAAAUAAAAA